AUGGCAGACUCAACCUCCCUCAUUGAUAAAGAAACAAAAGGAGGCUGGAACGCUGCCGUUUUCAUCAUCGUUGUGGAGAUGGCAGAGAGAUUCGCGUUCUACGGUCUUGCAAGCAACCUAAUGACGUUUCUAACGAACGAGCUAGGCCAGUCCACGGCCACAGCGGCCAAGCACAUCAACACAUGGAUCGGUGUUUCUUGCAUUUUUCCAAUUCUUGGGGCGUUCUUAGCUGACUCAAUCCUAGGCCGCUUCAAAACCGUUCUCUUGUCUUCUUUCAUUUAUCUCUUGGGAAUGGUAAUGUUACCAUUGUCGGUGACGGUGGUGGCACCGGAGAUGAGAGAAAAAGUGUUGUUUAUGGCGCUGUAUGUGAUGGCGGUUGGAGAAGGAGGACAUAAGCCAUGCGUCAUGACCUUCGCGGCUGAUCAGUUUGGGGAGGCCAAUGCGGAGGAGAAAGCAGCAAAGACAUCAUUCUUCAAUUAUUGGUACAUGGCCAUCGUCCUCAGUUCUUCCAUCGCCGUUCUUGCCCUCAUCUUCAUUCAGGAACGAGUGAGUUGGUCAUUGGGAUUCAGCAUAAUAGCAGGAAGUGUGGGAAUAGCUAUAGUGGUGUUUCUGAUCGGAAUUCCAAAAUAUCGAAAACAAAUUCCGGUGGGAAGCCCUAUCACGAGGCUUGCUCAGGUCUUCGUCGCUGCUUCUAGAAAAUGGCGAUUGAGCUCCAUGCGACACCACUAUGGCCUCUGCUACGAGGAGGAGGACAAGUCGGGGUCAACAAAUGUUAACAGAACAUAUCUUCUUGCAAGAACCAAUCAAUUCAGAUUUUUGGAUAAAGCUACAAUUAUCGAUGAGAUUGAUAAUAAUACGUCGAACAAAAGUAGAAACCCAUGGAGAUUAUGUUCCGUGAACCAAGUGGAAGAAGUAAAGCUAAUCUUGAGGCUGAUACCAAUUUGGAUAAGCUUGAUAAUGUUUUGUGCCACACUUACUCAGCUCAACACAUUCUUCUUGAAGCAAGGAAGCAUGAUGAACAGAACCAUUGGUGAUCACUUCACAAUCCCUCCAGCUGCUUUCCAAAGCAUUGUUGGUGUCACCAUCCUCAUCUUGAUUCCUCUCUACGACCGCGUUUUUGUCCCUGCCGCUAGAAAGAUCACCAAUCAUCACUCCGGAAUCACAUCUCUCCAGAGAAUCGGCGUUGGCUUAUUCAUCGCUACUUUUAACAUGAUAUUAUGUGGGCUUGUGGAGGCAAAGAGACUUCAAGUUGCGAGAGAUCAUGGAUUAAUAGACUCUCCAAAACAAGUUGUUCCAAUGAGUAGCUUGUGGUUACUUCCUCAAUACAUUCUAGUUGGUAUCGGAGAUGUGUUCACUAUUGUUGGUAUGCAAGAGCUUUUCUAUGAUCAAAUGCCUGAAGCUAUGAGAAGUAUCGGUGCAGCCAUCUUUAUCAGCGUCGUUGGAGUCGGGAGUUUUGUUAGUACCGGGAUCAUCUCGGCUGUUCAAACGAUCAGCAAAAGCCACGGUGAAGAAUGGCUUGUCAACAACCUUAACAGAGCACAUCUUGAUUACUACUAUUGGGUAAUAGCUUCGCUAAACGCUGUGAGCCUCUGCUUUUAUCUGUUUAUAGCUAACCGUUUUGUCUACAAGAAACUGCAAGACAAAGAUGAUGACAGUGAUGUUGAAGGAGAAAGAAGAGAAGCUUGA